UAUUUGAGUUGAUUUUUGAGUUACAAUAUUCCUGACUUGUGGUAAUUGUUAAAUUGUUUGAUUAUUUGAGAUUACCUAAAUUGCAUAAACAUCAUGACGACAAUGACACUCUACGACCGCUAUCGUCUUUAUUGUAAUAACAACGUAGCUCUUGUUCCUGUUCACGGUUUUACAUUUUAUACUCUCGAGUUGCAAAAGUAUGCAAAUCUCUGUGAAUCCCCAGCAAAACAAAUUUGUCAUGAACCGGUCCAAGGGUGAUGCGAACUCUAGAUAUCGCGUGGGCCGACCAUGUUUUGGUUUUUUUCUUCAAGGAGCAGUAAAAUCCUUGGCAAUAACCGAAGUGGGCGUCCAAAUCGGAAUGAUACUAUGCAUUACGACUGGAAUUAUGUCCUCGUUAAAUGCUUGGGGCCCAAUGGAUGCUAAUCGGCAUAUUCAUGUCAAAAUAUUAAGAUUCUUCAUCUGGGGCUACUUUUACGUAUAUCACAUUGUCAGCAUACCAAUCACCAAGAUGUUGUACUCGUCUGCAGAUAAAAGAAGAAAAUUACGUCUACAACGAUGGAUGAUAAUAUCCAGUAUUAUUUUCAUUCCGUAUGUCGUGGCAUACUUAGUCUACACUUUCUACCUCGGCUGGUCACAUAAUUACGGCAUUGCAAUAUUUGGUGGCCUCAUAGUUUACAAACUAUACUCUUUUUGGGUUGUCUUCUGCUACAUAAUAGAGAUAAAAUAUUAUGGGGGCUUCAACUCGGCAUUGAGGGAAUUAUCGGACGAAGAAAUUGAAAGUUUCUUCCAAGGUCAUCCAACCAUCUCACCGCACGAAGAUUCGGAUGUGAAGCAUAAACCGUACAGGUCGGAUUUAGAAAUUCCAUUUACAAGAAUCAAGCUCGAUGAAAGAAAUCCUCUUGGGUCUGGAGCGUUCGGAACUGUGCUCAAAGCUAAGCUUUUAGCGGUGGAAGGAGAUCCGUUCACCGCGUCGAGAAGCACAACCGUUGCUGUAAAGACGCUGUCAAAAGAUGCGAACGUAUGCUAUUUCAGAGCUCUACUUCUAGAAUUGAAAACUUUGAGCUAUGUUGGACCACAUGAAAAUGUCGUCAAUUUAGUGGGGGCAUGUACUUCAAUGUUGAAGGAAAGUAAGGCAUGCAAGCAAAAGAUUUAUAAUUUAAUGUAUAAACACUGGCAUGAUAAUUUUGCAGGAAAAAUAUAUAUUGUCGUCGAAUUUUGUAAACUUGGAUGUAUUACAAACUAUUUACGGGCUAAUAGAGGCACGUUCGUUCCAUGUCUUGAUGUCCAGUUAGCUUCGGUGGGAAUUGCAUCAGACACAAGUUAUGCUCCUCCAUGCUUGUCGGAUUUGAUAAAAUGGUCGUGGCAAACUGCAAGUGGAAUGGAGUACAUUUCCAGCAAGAAGAUAAUUCACGGCGAUCUUGCUGGCAGAAAUGUUUUGCUCACUGAAGAUAAAACCGCAAAAAUCUGUGAUUUCGGCUUAUCCCGGCAACUGUAUCACUACUCGGCGUACAUUAAGCAGAAUGACUCACCGAUGCCCUGGCGUUGGAUGAGCCCAGAGAGUUUGUGCGAUCUAAAAUUUUCUACUGCGUCCGAUGUUUGGUCAUUCGGGAUAACGAUGUGGGAAUUUUUUACUCUCGGAGAGACGCCAUACGCUGGAUAUGGAUACACGACGGAAUUUGGUGAACAAUUGAAAGGAAAUGAUAUAAGGUUGUGUAAGCCGCCCUAUGCUUCAGAUGAAUUAUUUUCAGUGAUGCAAAGUUAUUGGAACUCUGAUCCCGAAAAGAGACCAUCGUUUACCGAUGUCAGAACACAACUUGAGCAUAUUUUACAACGUCCUUCAUUGCAAGAACGCCCUUCAAUUCUCUUAGAUUACAUAUCUUUCGGGUAAAUAGCAUAUGCACUGGGAAUUAAAGGCAGUGGGAAAUAAAGAAGAAUGGCUUUAUUGGAUCGAGAGAAUUCAAACUAUCCAAGUCAAAUAAUAUUAACAGUUACAAUUAUGUAAUUAUGUUACGCCAAAUGCUUUUUAUUUAUGUAAGCUUACUUCAACCGAAUGAGUAAGAAACAUUCGUUCUUUCAAUAAAUAAUACUUUGUAUGAAAUGAUUGUAAGCACUAAAUCGUAUGUGCUACUAAAACGAUAUUUUGAUGUACACACAUUUUUAAGCAAUUUAUAAUCACAAAUUAAUAAAUAAUUUUGUAAAUAGUAAUGAA